AUGCCCGGUUUCCUCAAAGUCUUCGGAUACCCAAACCCAAAAAGUCCUAUUGGUUAUGGAAUUGAUCCUACUUUUCAGCAACUGAUCAGCUCCUUAUUGACUCUCGGAUCUUUUAUUUCCUCUUUACUUGCAGGUUUCUUCGCCUCAUACUUCGGACGAAAGUAUGCUAUCUGGCUCGCUUGCAUAUUGAACGGAGUCGCCGCAGCAAUUCUCAUUGCAACAACCAAUUGGGGUGCAGUGUACUUUGGUAGACUUCUUCUCGGCAUUGCCAAUGGCUUUCUUGUCACUUUCUCGAACGUUUAUACUUCCGAGGCGUCUCCCGCCCAUCUUCGAGGUGUUCUUGUAGCACUCUUUGCAUAUUGGGUCAAUAUCGGAUCAAUCCUAGGCUCGACAGUCAACAACUUCACAAAGACACGACUUGAUAAAUCAUCAUAUCAGAUUCCUCUUGGGUGCCUUUAUAUCGUGCCAACAUUCCUCUCAAUUGGACUGUUCUUCGUUCCAGAGAGUCCUCGGUUCCUCCUCCAUAAAGGUAAAGAGGCCGAAGCAAAACGAGCUCUCAUUCAUUUGCGUGGUUCUGCACUUACCAAGGACGAAUUGGAAUUUGAAUGGGCAGAGAUGGUCCGAGGAAUGGAAGAAGAGAAAAGAAACGCAAAGAGUGUGGGCUGGAUUGAUAUGUUUAGAGGCACCGACCUUCGCCGAACACUUCUCUGCUAUGGCAUGAUUGGAUGUCAAAGUGCUUCCGGAAUCUGGUUUUUGAUUGCUUACCAAACAUACUUCCUGCAACAAGGUGGCGUGACGAAACCGUUCGAGUAUACGAUCAUGACUUCAUGCGUUGGGUUUAUCGGUGUCAACGUUGGAAUGUACGCCAUAAGACACCUGGUUGGUCGUCGUGCAAUUCUCAUCAUUGGUGCUACGGCCUGUGGAAUAUGCCAACUAGCUCCUGCAAUUGCCGCGAGUGCUAGCAACAAUCUUGCCAUGCGAGCGAACAUCCUGACCGCGUUUAUCGCCUUAUUCAAGUUCUUCUACAACGGCUGCGUUGGAGCGGCGAGCUAUCCAGUCGCCACUGAAGUUGUGAGCACCAGAUUGAGAGCUUGGACCGUUGGCAGUGCCACCGCAAUUGGCUAUCUACUUGCAUGGCUUGUGAGCUUCUGCUCUCCUUACUUCAUCAAUCCCGCAGAACUAGGAUUGGGUGCCAAAUAUGGUUACGUAUGGUUCGGCGCAAACUUCGCCUGCGUGAUUUUCUUCUACUUCUUCAUGCCCGAAAUGAAAGGCAGAUCUCUUGAAGAACUAGACGAGAUGUUCAUUAACAGAGUCUCCGUCCGACAAUUCCCAAAAUAUGAAUGCGCACUUCGACAAGACGCCGCGAAUGACGUUAUGAUGAGAGGCGAAGAGCAAAAGAUCAAGGAAGUCACGACUACUCAUGCCGAAGAAGUUUCAGAAGCCCAGAAGAAUUGA